GCCCUGCCCCUCACGAUCCUGCCCCUCCCGGCCCUGCCCUGCCCCUCACGGCCCGGCCCCGUUCCUCACGGCCCCCUCCCUCACGAUCCCGUCCCUCCCGGCCCUGCCCCUCCCGGCCCGGCCCUGCCCCUCCCGGCCCCGUCCCUCACGAUCCUGUCCUCACGACUCCGCCGCUCACGGCCCCGCGAGGCUCCGCACGGCUCGGGAAGGACGCGCGGCUGCGGUGCCGACACAUGAGAGGAUUACAGAUGGAAAAUGCAAAGCCGAGGAAAGCCUUCUAAGUAUUUACAGAAUAAGGAAAUAGGGCUCAAAUGGAGUUGUCUGUGCUGUGUAAAUGCUGUGAAGUUUUGUAAUGGCAGAAAUUAGGUCUUCAGGAAUCAAAAGAUCCCAAAUAAGUUUGUCACUCAGUAAAAGUAAGAAGAAAAAAGGAACACCAUCUGUACCUUCAGCAUCCUCCUCUAUUACUUCCUUUUUUAAUAAUGUUCCCCCUGCCAAAAUUAGCUGUCCCGUGUGUGGGCAGUUGGUGCCAAGGUAUGGAAUAAAUGAGCACAUGGAUGAAACAUGUCAGAGAAACCACGGUGAGAUUGGUGCCAUUGGUGCUACACUGGACCCUCUGAAGAAUAAGAGUCCCCCACCUGCAAACGUGACCAAUAAUUCCAGCUCAUACUUUUCAAAAAACAUCUUAAAUCUAGAAACAAGUCCCUCCAAAAGCAAUUCAUUGAAAGCAGAAGGUAGUGCAGCACAACAGAUUAGUCCUUAUUUUAGCAAUAACAGCUCAGUCCUUAGUGUUACCAAUGAAUCACAGGCUCAAACAGUUAAAACGGUCUCUUUGGGAAGCUUGUCAUCAAAACUGUCCAGAAGACGUUGUGCCCAGGGAGGAAAACGGGUCGUGUAUAAAGAGAUUGACUCUUCACCUCCGGCUGUUCACAGACUGUGUAGAAAUGCUGCAUCAAAGGAGGGUGAUGAUGAUGAUGAUGAUGUUUAUGCUGAGCACAGUUCUCAGAAAGAAAAUCAGCUUGCGCAGAGAGAGCACCAGGAACAAAAUUUCUCAAAGAGAAAACUUGAAUUUCAAAAAGAAAUAAACCAAUGUAAUCAAGAAGACCUUGUGGAUGUAGUUCAGGUAUCUUUACCAGCUGAUAACAAUGAUAAAGGAUUCCCAAGUGGCACAAGGAGCACCAAAACAGAAAGCAGGUCUGAUGGUGUGACGCUUAGUCCUGAUAAAUCUGAAACACCUCUAGCCAUUUAUACCUCACCACAGCGGGCCAGCAACCUGGAAGUCAAGACUCAGCCUCACACCCAAGUUAUUCCUUCUUCCAAGACAGAAGUGAACUGUGAUACACAAAAUUGCUCUAGUGAGGGCGAUGCACAGGUACUUCCUGUGGAAGUUCUUGAAGAUCUUAAGGAAGAGAUGGAUUAUACUAUGUUAGAAACUGUGGGAAAAGUAGAAUUUCAGAAUUCCACUGGGGACAUUUUAGACAAAAUAGAUGAGGUUCACUCUGUGCCCAGCUCUCCUCAUCACCCAUACUACCUCCAGAAUUUUUUACUAGUGCUGAAAGCAGUCCUAGAGAAUGAAGAUGACGCCAGGCUAUUUGAUGAGCAAGAUAUGAACAUUAUAAGCAAAUUCUACAAAUUAUCAGCUGGUGGGCAGAAGUUGUAUGUGAGGCUUUUUCAACGCAAGCUGCACUGGUUAAAGGUGAACAAAAUAGAGUAUGGGGAGAUCAGUGUGGAUUUGUCACCAGUGAUUGAAGAACUGGCUGAAGCCAGAUUUCUGCAAACAGAAUCUGAACUGGAAGACCUGUGUGAAGGUUUGGAUUUGCUGUCAGCCCCUGAACUAAAAGCACUGGCAAAGAUCUUUCACUUGCCAAACCCAAAUGGUCAGAAACAGCAACUUGUGGAUGAUUUUCUGAGGUUGGCAAAACAGCGUUCGGUCUUCAACAGGAGUCAGACUUGUGUUGGGACAGUGAUCCUAAAAAGGGUGAAGGAGCUGGCUGGAAGGUGCGUGCGGGUGCACCGAGGCCCUCGGGCCGUGUUCUGCCGAGCGCUGCUGCUGUUCUCGCUGCCCGAGGCGGGGGAGGAGGAGGAGGGCGGCUCUGCGGGGCAGGGCCUGCUGUCCGCGGUGCUCAUGGCCAGCAUGGGCCGCACGGUGUUCCCCCGCUACACCGUGAACAGGAGCACCCGGCUCUUCCAGGACAGAGACGAUCUCAUCAGAUAUGCAACUGCUGCUCAUCUGUUAAGUGACAUAGCCUCUGCAAUGGUAAAUGGGCACUGGAAAGAAGCUCAUGAUCUAUAUUUGUGUGCUAAACAAACCUGGAGAGAACUGAAAAAUCACCCCUCUUUAAGCUAUCACAGAGUUCUGCCUGAGUACCUGCGACGUUUCACAGUGGGCUGGGUGUACACAAGAAUCCUUUCUCACGGUGUGGAAAUUCUGCAGAGACUUCACAUGUAUAAGGAGGCGGUGCAGGAGCUGCAGACCCUCCUGUCGCAGGAUGUGUAUUGUGCUGACAGCAGAGGGAGAUGGUGGGAUCGGCUGGCUCUCAAUCUACAUCAGCACCUGAAAAACAUGAGGAAGGCCGUGGGCUGCAUUAGGAGGGGGCUGGCAGACCCCUGUGUCCGCACUGGGCACCGCCUGUCCCUCUACCUGCGGGCGCUGCGCAUCAGAGACUCGCCCAGCUGCAGGCAGGUGCGGGGGCUGCUGCAGGACCUGCCAGCCAUCCCUGUGGAGGAUGUCACACAUGUUACAAUCAAUGGAAAGAUGUGUCCUCAGAUGGGAGUGGGAAAAUCUGUCUUUCUCGUGGAGGAUGUUGGUGAUGAAGAAGGAGGCGAAGGCUGCAGUGUAUCCACAGUCAUGUGCUCAGUUGAGGAGCUGGCAUUAACUCAUUACAGGAGGAAUGGUUUUGAUCAGGGUAUUCACGGGGAAGGCUCAACGUUUCUGACACUGUAUGGGAUUCUGAUGUGGGAUAUCAUUUUCAUGGAUGACGUACCCGAUGUUUUCAGAAAUUCCUAUCAGACAUCCCCCCUGGAUUUGUACACUGACAGCUUCUAUGAGAGCAGGAGGGAUGCCAUUGAGGCCAGGCUGCAGCAGCUUCACUCAGCCUCCUCAGAGACACUGGCAAAGUUGUUUGCUGAUGUCUGGACCGCUCAGGAGGGAAAAGCAGCAGCACUAGUGAGCUGGGGACGUUUUAUUUCCCUCCAGCAAGCCCAGCCUGUCUUGCAGAGCCUGGUCUCCUGCCUUGGGGGAAUGUUCCUGAGCGGGGUUUUCAGGCGACUCUCCACAGACCUGCGCCACUGCCGGGGGGGCCUGCCCGACCUGGUGGUGUGGAGCACACACACCCAGCACUUCAAGCUGGUGGAGGUGAAGGGCCCGAACGACCGCCUGUCGCACAAGCAGAUGCUGUGGCUGAGCGAGCUGCAGCGCCUGGGAGCUGCAGUGGAGGUGUGCCACGUGCAGGCCGUGGGGGGCAAGAGCCAGCGCCUCAGCUGACACAGCUGCAGUCUCUCCUUUGCAAUGAAGAGGCCAGAUCAGAUUGGCUGGAAAUGCUGGGAAUGAAGCCCUGCACUCCCCUCUGUUGAUGCCCCUGGAGCUGUGCCAGCUCUGAGCCUGCAGUGCCUCUGCACCAGCUCAAAGCUUUGAGGGCUGCACAGGGAUCAGACUUUGGAUCCAGAACACCAGGGAUGAGAGCAGAGAUUGCUGGCACAACAAACAAAAGCAAAACUACCCCCUGUAAAGCCACUCCUCACCUCCUUUUAUUUUAAUUUUAAACGUGAGCUGUGCUGCUGUUUGUAACAGUGGGAAGUUUUCCUGUGGAACACUGAAGCAACAUAAAAAUCCAUUUGAUUGCACCUGGUGUUUCAUUGAUUCUCACAUGGCUACAGAGGAUAAAGAAAAGGUAUCUCUACUCUGGACGAAAACUUAUUUUCUCUGACAUUGUUUUAAUGAGAUUUCAAAGUAUUAAAAUGUAUUUUUACUUCUAGAUUUCUGUAUAAGUGUCCAGGAUGAUAUCUACCAGUUACUGUUAUUACAUGCAAAUAUAACUCGUUUUUACCUCUUUGUCAGAUCUCUUUAAGUGGUUGCACCUGUCUAAAAACUGAUAUCCUGCCAUGACCCAUUCCUUCUGUAUUAAGCUUUGAAAU